GCUGCAUGCUCGGCGCAUCGACGUCCUGACUGCCGAAAAGGACAAGCUGGCCGAGGAGAACACAAAGCUGAAAGCGGAAUCCUCCAAGCGAGCUCCCGAGGAUGUGAAGGCCAUUCAGAAACAUGCAGACCUGGCCAUCCACCUCUCCAUGGAGUACCGAAAGGCCUUGGAAGUCAUGAUUCCAGAGGUCGAAAAAGCAGCACUGGACAAAUCUCAGCCGGAGACAAAGUUGCUCGAAGCUCCGAAGGCUAAAGCAGAGGGCUCUGGCGAAGCGCCGCAGAGCCAGGUGGGCACAAAGCGCAAGGCCGAAAGCACCGGACCUACCCCCCUGGAGCAGCCCAAGAAGGCCAAUGUGCAGACUGCGCCGGAGGCUCCCAGCGAAGGUGCUGGUAGCCAGCCUGGAAAGACGCCUGCCAAAGAGGCACCAGCGGCUGCGGCCCAACAG